AUGGAGCACAUCAAAGAGAUAUUCGCGCAAUGCAAGAGGGAAAAGCGCUCCGCACUGGUCACAUACGUGACCGCAGGUUAUCCCACCGCAGAUGAAACGGUAGACAUACUACUGGGAAUGGAGGCAGGCGGCGCUGACCUCAUCGAACUCGGUCUCCCUUUCACAGACCCAAUUGCAGAUGGUCCUACAAUACAAAAGUCAAAUACUCAGGCAUUGAAGAAUGGCAUUACGGUCGAGUCGACGCUGGAGACAGUACGGAAAGCGAGAAGAAAGGGUUUACGGGUACCGGUUUUGUUUAUGGGCUAUUACAAUCCUUUACUGAGCUAUGGAGAGGAGCGAUUACUGAAGGAUGCGAAAGAGGCCGGGGUCAAUGGCUUUAUCGUGGUCGACUUGCCACCGGAGGAGGCUGUCAGGUUCAGGAACUUCUGCACCGAGGGGGGUCUAUCAUACAUACCGCUCAUUGCACCAGCAACCUCGGAAGGGCGCAUGAAGCUACUAUGCAAGAUCGCAGACUCCUUCAUAUACGUCGUCUCACGAAUGGGUGUGACUGGUGCAACAGGCAAACUUAGCACAGGCAUUGAAGAGCUUGUUGAUCGUGUUCACAGAUACUCGAAUAAUGUACCAGCGGCCGUUGGAUUCGGUGUCAGCACAAGACAGCACUUCCUGGACGUGGGAGCAGUAGCUGAGGGUGUGGUUAUAGGGAGUCAGAUUGUUACGACAUUAGCCAAUGCUCCUGCUGGUCAGGGUGCUCAAAAGGUGGAGGAAUACUGUUCUGAGAUCACUGGUCGAAAAGUCGGGAAGCAUACGGUUACGAAUGGAGUCAAAAGGACAAUGGAGAAGGAAAAACCAUACGCCAAUGGAAACCAGAAGAUGGAAAAUGGCCACGGGGACAACGAGGAGCCAGUACAUGUAGACGAGGUUAUCAAGCCAGGACAGAACGGUAGCGGACCCGGCUUGGUAACCCAACUCGAAACCCUCAACACAGAUGGCGGCGACAAUGCAGCCAUUCCAUCACGGUUUGGCGAGUUUGGCGGCCAGUAUGUGCCCGAGUCGCUCAUGGACUGCCUAGCGGAACUCGAGGAAGGCUUCAACAAAGCCAGAGAUGAUCCUAAAUUCUGGGAAGAAUAUCGCUCAUACUAUCCAUACAUUGGGCGACCUGGCCAGCUCCACCUCGCCGAGAGACUGACAGCCCAUGCGGGCGGUGCAAAUAUCUGGCUCAAACGAGAAGAUCUGAACCACACUGGAAGUCACAAGAUCAAUAACGCACUAGGCCAGAUUCUGGUUGCCAAAAGACUCGGCAAGACCGAAAUCAUUGCGGAGACAGGAGCUGGUCAACAUGGAGUUGCGACGGCAACUGUAUGUGCUAAGUUCGGCAUGAAAUGCACCAUCUUUAUGGGUGCAGAAGAUGUCCGCAGGCAGGCACUAAAUGUGUUUCGCAUAAAAUUACUCGGCGCCAAGGUGGUGGCGGUCGAAGCUGGGGCCAUGACGCUCCGCGAUGCAGUCAAUGAAGCAAUGCGAGCGUGGGUUGUCGAUCUAUCAACGACUCACUACAUCAUCGGCUCGGCCAUUGGACCUCACCCUUUCCCUACCAUCGUUCGCACGUUCCAAUCGGUCAUCGGUGACGAGACGAAAGAACAGAUGCAGAAACUGAAAGGGAAGCUUCCAGACGCCGUUGUCGCAUGUGUAGGCGGUGGAAGUAAUGCAGCGGGCAUGUUCUACCCCUUCGCAAAUGACCCAAGUGUCAAGCUCCUCGGCGUCGAAGCCGGAGGAGACGGGCUGGACACGGAGAGGCAUAGCGCUACCUUGACGGGAGGCAGCAAGGGUGUCUUACAUGGCGUGCGAACCUACGUUCUACAAAACAAACACGGCCAAAUCUCAGAGACCCAUUCCGUCUCCGCUGGCCUCGACUACCCCGGCGUCGGCCCCGAAUUGAGUUCCUGGAAAGACAACGAACGGGCGAAAUUCAUCGCCGCUACUGACGCCGAGGCUUUUGUAGGGUUCAAACUCUUGUCGGAGCUUGAAGGCAUCAUCCCGGCUCUGGAAACAGCACAUGCGAUCUGGGGUGGUGUGCAAUUGGCGAAGGAGAUGGGCAAGGGGAAGGAUAUCGUGAUUUGUUUGAGUGGGAGGGGCGAUAAGGACGUGCAGAGUGUGGCGGAUGAACUGCCGAAGAUUGGGCCCGUCAUUGGCUGGGAUUUGAGAUGUGAGUGUUUUCUCUUCUCCCCUCCUCCCAACGUCGCUCGUGGGAUCCUGGAGCAUGGCUAA